CGUGGCCAAGCGAGGGUCGGAGAAGGAACAUGGAGACACCCGUAGCUUCAAGUCCCCGGCGGUGGGCAGACAAACUCAAGUCCACAGUCUACAGGAAGAAAUUCCUCUAUACAGCAUGUCUAUUGUUUGGGAACUUUAUGUCGGGCUGGAUCAACGGACAGCGAGGGCCCUCACUUCUGGAUCUGCAGCUCAUCACAGGAACGGACAUGUCGCAGGGCUCAGCCUUCUUCACUGCCGCCGCGGUCGGGUCUCUGGUCGGAGCUGUUGCUGGCGGCGCCAUCUACGACCGCUGCAACAAGUACAUGUCCCUCUUCAUCUCCAUGGCUGGCCACGGACUGACGGUGGCGGUGAUCCCGCUGUGCUCCGCGUACUGGCUCAUGAUUGCUGUCUUUGUAGCUCAUGAGUUCUUUCUGGGGAUAUUCAAAACAGGCAGUAACGUGGAGCUUCUCAGAGUGUGGGGAGUUGAGAGCAAGCCGUACAUGCAGGCCUUCCAUUUCUUAUGGUCACUAGGGGGAAUUGUCUCCCCUUUUGUCCUUGAACCCUUCCUAGCUGUCGGGAGGGAAGUGGUUCAAAACGCAACGGCUGCCAAUAACUCAGAUACAGGAGGUCUUCUUAAUGCAUCGGUCAUACCACCUCAGGAGCCGUUGGAAACAAGCAUCAUAUGGCCAUUCCUGAUGACAGGGUUAAUGACAAUACUGUCCUCACUUCCCUUCUUGGUUGUCUUCUUCUUUGCCAGAAAGGAGGGACAUGAGGAGGUUACUAAGGCAUUGGAUGGUAAAAGACAAGGGAAAAAGUUAUCCCGGAAGUUACUUGUUCUCACGCUUGGGCUUCUGGGUAUAUUUUAUUUCUUCUUAGACGAAGUUGAGGACUCGUCCGUGUCCUUCCUGGCCUCAUACGUGGUCAAACAGUUCAAGUGGACAAAGAUCAUGGGAGCAAGAAUUACCUCCACGUUCUGGGCUGCGUAUGCAUUUGGUCGUCUUGCCGCCAUCUUCUUCAUCAGCUACGUCUCGCAUAUGAAGAUAUGUGGCCUCUUCUUCAUCUUUUUGAUCGUGGCGCAGGUGGGGAUGAUCCUGUCUGGAAUGUUUCUCUCUGAUGUUGGCAUAUGGAUCACUACUUGUGCUGUCGGGUUUUCAAUCUCGAUAAGUUUCCCCGCCAUGCUGACGUGGAUAGAGAAGGACUUUGUUCAACUGUCAGGAAAAAUUAUGUCUGUCAUCUUCGUAUCCGUUGGCCUGGGUGGAAUGGUCAACCCUCAGAUCAUUGGCUAUCUGAUGCAAGAGGCUACCCCUCUAUGGUACAACUAUGUUCUGACUAUAGAGAGUGUUCUGUUGUUCCUUAGUUUCCUAGUGCUGGUGUGGCUGGUUAAGAAAGUCCUUAGCAUUUUCCAUGCAUCGCAAGCUGAAACCCCUGACAAGAAGUAACGGAACUUACACUGAUGUCCUAGCGAUCAACCAUUUGCUAUUAGGUGGCGAGUGGGGGUGGGGGAUGAUUGUCUUUUUUUAAAUAUAUAGUUCCAAAAAAUAAGGCAUAAAUAUUUUGCCUCAUGUUUUCCACACAAACAAAAUGUUCAUUGAAUUAACUGGAUGCGCUGACAAACCUAUGUUGUGAAAACUACAAGUAGUUGUUCGGCUCUUUUGACGUUAUUAAGUGCUCGGUCUCAUGAGGAAGAUGAAUAGAAGAAUUAGAGUAUAUGCCUUGGUUACAACAAUAAAGGAACAAACCUAUUUUAACAGCAAAUCAGCUAAUGUGUCGAAGUCGAGCCUGAUGUACUUGGUGGCUUUUAUUGAACAACACUGAAACAGGUAUAGGCUAUCGACGAGAUGAAGGUUCCCGUGCAUAUGGAUAACAGCCAUGCUAUACAGAGAUAUUAAACAGAAGAACUAUUUGUGUAAGAACUUCGAUUAAUUCAGCAUAGUUUGCAUAGAAAAAUCAUACUAUGUGAUAUCCGAAACUGCUCAUUCUCUGUGUUGACGUUAUAUAUAUAUAUUUAUAUUUACAUACAGGCCACACUAUUGGCAAUGUCCAGAAGAAUCGAUAUUAAGGUCAUGCGCUUUUUGUACAUUCAACAUUGAUAAUCUGAUAUCGUUCAAUAAUAGCCAAUUCCCUUCUACUGAUUUACCCACCUGAACUUAAAAUAAAAAACA